CGGGCGCGGGGCCCGCCCCUGCGGCGCCCGGAGGAGCGCCGGGCUGACUGACCGGUGGACCGGAUUCGAUCGACUGCGCGAGGCGGAAGGCCAGUGGGAGCCACCUGAUCACCGGCCCAGGGCUCCUCCAAAGGGGCCACCCUCCUGAAGAUCAUUCCAGACUCACUGUGCGCUUGGUGCCCGGCUGCUCAGAGCCUCAUCCCUGGACACCAGGUCUGGGACCCCAAGAUUCACGCACACGCCCUGCCUUGCCCUCUGGUGGCUGCUGAGCCCGCCCUCCAGCCACACCUACUCCUCAGCGCUGAUGUACUGACCCUGGAAGACACACCAAGAAGAGAAGGGAGAGGAGAGGGACGGCCAGGCCAUGGCUGCUCCCAGGCCCCACCUGGGCUCCUGAGGCCUGGAAGGCGAGGGGGCUUGCAGGACUCCCAGGGGCCUCUGCCCAUUGCCCUGCCCCUCCGGCGAGGUGCCAGGAAGCUGCAACUUUGUUAUCUGGGUGAUUAGCUGCAGAGCUGGGACUGAGGCGGCCAGGUCCUGCACUGCUCCCCACAGGCUGUGCACCCUGACCCCAAGAGGGAGGGAGGGAGGCCCUGCCCGGUGAGCUGCCAGGCUCCUGGGAGGCAGGCUGAGGUGCCCUCCCACGCUACCCUUUUUGCCUGGGACCCACACCCCUCAGGGCUGCCUGGGCCUGGUCACGGAGUGGAGCCUCCUGAGCCAGCCUUGCUGGGGGCAGAGUGCUCUGAGCCUUGGGGAGGGGAUGCUCCCAAGGGUGCCAGUCCAGCCAGCUGCCCCACCCCUCAGCCCCAGCCUGGCCCCCUCGCUGCUCCGUCUGGUGCCCCGAGCAGCGCCCCCAGCAAGCAGCCCCCGCCAUGGCCGAGCACCUGGAGCUGCUGGCAGAGAUGCCCAUGGUGGGCAGGAUGAGCACCCAGGAGCGGCUGAAGCACGCCCAGAAGCGCCGUGCCCAGCAGGUGAAGGUGUGGGCCCAGGCUGAGAAGGAGGCCCAGAGCAGAAAGGGCCACAGGGAGCGAGCGCGGACGGAGGCAGCCGUGGGCAGGCCGCAGAAGCAGGUCCUGUUUCCUCCCAGCGUCACCCUCCUGGAGGCUGCUGCCCGGAAUGACCUGGAGGAAGUCCGCCAGUUCCUCGCAAGUGGGGUUAGCCCUGACCUGGCCAAUGAGGACGGUCUGACAGCCCUGCACCAGAGCUGCAUUGACGACUUCCGGGAGAUGGUGCAGCAACUCCUGGAGGCCGGGGCCAAGGUCAACGCCCACGACAGUGAGUGCUGGACGCCCCUGCAUGCUGCAGCCACCUGUGGCCACCUGCACCUGGUGGAGCUGCUCAUUGCCCGCGGUGCUGACCUCUUGGCAGUCAACACUGACGGGAACAUGCCCUACGAUCUCUGUGAGGAUGAGCAGACACUGGACUGCCUUGAGACAGCCAUGGCCAACCGCGGCAUCACGCAGGACAGCAUUGAGGCGGCCCGGGCCUUGCCAGAGCGGCAUAUGCUGGAGGACAUCCAGAGCCUGCUGCAGUCGGGGGCUGAUCUCAAUGCCCCCGGGGACCAUGGGGCCACGCUGCUACACGUCGCCACUGCCAAUGGGUUCAGUGAGGCGGCCACCCUGCUGCUGGAGCAUGGGGCCAGCCUGAGCGCCAAGGACCGUGACGGCUGGGAGCCGCUGCAUGCGGCUGCCUACUGGGGCCAGGUACACCUAGUGGAGCUGCUUGUGGCACAUGGGGCCGACCUCAACGGGAAGUCCCUGAUGGACGAGACGCCUCUGGACCUGUGCGGGGAUGAGGAGGUGCGGACCAAGCUGCUGGAGCUGAAGCACAAGCAUGAUGCGCUCCUGCGUGCCCAAGGUCGCCAGCGCUCUCUGCUGCGCCGCCGCACUUCCAGCGCCGGCAGCCGGGGGAAGGUGGUGAGGCGGGUGAGUCUGACCCAGCGCACCAGCCUGUACCGAAAGGAGCACGCCCAAGAGGCCAUCGUGUGGCAGCAGCCACCACCCACCAGCCCCGAGCCAGCUGAAGAGGACGAGGACCGCCAGACAGACGCAGAGCUCAGGCCCUCACCCCUGGAGGAAGAGGACCCCGAGGUGUCCAGGCCACACAAUGGCCGAGUGGGAGCCCCCCCUGGGCGGCACCUGUACUCCAAGAGGCUGGACCGCAGUGUCUCCUACCAGCUGAGCCCCCUGGAGAGCACCAUCCCUGAUGCCCUGGGCCGGUCCAAGGCCCACCACACCCUGGCAGAGCUCAAGCGCCAGCGAGCCGCUGCUAAGUUGCAGCGUCCCACGCCCGAGGGGCCUGAGACCCCCGAGUCUGGCCUGCCUUUGGACACAGAGACCCCCCAGCCCGAGUGCAGCUCCAGGGCUGGUGGAGACCCACCCCUGCUCAAGCUCACAGCCCCCUCGGAGGAGGCCUCCAUGGAGAAGAGGCCCUGCUGUCUGCUCAUGUGAGGGUCCUGCUCCAGGCACAGUGAGCGGGGGCCUCCCCGCCUCCCCACUCAGGAACGGACCUGGGGCAGAAGCUGUACCUGGGGAGCGCCUAGCUGCACACACCAAGUUUCAUCCUGUGACUUGAUAAAGGGCCGUUCUGCCA